AUGGAGGCAAGUAUUGGCAACGUCCCAACAAAUUCCUCCCCAAAGUUCAACUACAAGCCAAGUUUCUACAAUCACCUUGACCAGAUUAAAGGAAGUUCGGCAAUUGACUUAGCCCAAACGACGGGGCUCAAGUUGAGAGACCGCUAUCGCUCGGACGAGGAGACGGCAGCCUGCGGAGAUGCGCCCCCCACAAAGCCUGACGACAGCUGUUCCCGAUGGGAUAGAAUACUAGGCCAAGUCGAUGGGUUCGUCGAGGGGGCAGACUUCAUCCUUGAUAACUUCGUUCCCGAUGUCCCCGACGACCCUCGACUGAAGCAUACCCAAGAACCAAGAGCAUGGAUAUCCGAACCCCACUCAGCUUCCUAUGAUGAUACACCAUAUCAGCCCCUCGACAGCCGAGGGAUGAAUAACAACGAGCUCUAUGAAGCGCUCAAGAGUCAUCUGAUUUAG